AUUCAUUGUAAACAAGGUCAAGCGUUCACUGCAGUACUCACUCUUCACACUUACUUGACGAGUUUACCUCUUGAGAACAAUCCAUCACCACAGAUACAGCACAUAGACAGGAUUUGUUCGAGCACCAGGAAAGAUGAUGCAGUGUCUUCAGUUUCUAGUUGAACCAACUAAGAACAUCACCUUCAAGUUUAAGGAGUUUCGUAAGAAGUCGAAGAAUGAGAAACGAGAACCUCUGGAUGAGAGCCAGCAGUUCAUUGUGAAUCUAGCCCAGGAUCUGCGCAGAGUUUGUCAGAGGUCGGAGGUGUUGGAUUAUAUCUCCAGAUGUGAAGAUGUUUGGCCCAUCCUCACCUGUAGGGCGGUCAUUCUGGAGUGUGCUUCUGUGUUAGAGAGCAAGAAGAGACCAAUGCAGACAGACGGAUGGCCUGAGAGCAGUGACUGGAAAGAUCUGGCUUUGACCAGUGAGCAGGACGUUGAGAGUGCCAAGAGGGUCAUUCUCACCUGGACCAAAGACCUGAGAGCUCAACCUGAGCAAAGUGUGUGGCCUGGAGAGAAGGUGGUGGUGGCUUUGGAUGAUUUUCAGAAUCACUGGAGAAGAGGACACUCGGCUACUCUUCAGUCGGCCAUGGAGCUGGUGUUCUGGUCUCUCCUCAACAAAGAACUAAACAAGGAGAACAUUCCCCAAAAGUGGCUUAUGUGGAAACAAAGGAGCCAAAAUAUAGGCGCCACCCCCUAUAUUCCUUACACAGUGUGGCAGUGGAUCUGUGAUGUCGGAGUGGGGGUGACUCUUGAUCUGGACACGGCCAACCCUGACCUGAUGAUCUCUGAGGAUGAGAAGCGCAUGCGCUGCGGUUUCGAGCGCAAAGACGUGCCCAACUACCACCAGCGCUUCGAUGGCUGGUGGUGCGCAGUUGGAACCGAAAGUUUCAGCUCUGGUCGCCAUUACUGGGAGGUCGACGUUGGAGAAAUGGACUGGCGUGUCGGUGUGGCCAAAGAGUCGGCCUUGCGUAAGGGCUUCAAGUCCCUUAACACCGAUACCGGUUACCUGACCCUACGCUUGGAGCGCGGCACAGAGCUGAAGGCCCUGACCGUGCCUUUCACCUCCCUGCCUGCCACCACCCUUCCCCGCAAGGUCGGCAUCCACUUGGACUUCGACGAGGGCCAGCUGUCCUUCUACGACGUGGAGAGACGCUCUCACAUCUACACCUACAACGAGACAUUCGAUGAUAAGCUCUUCCCACUCUUCGGUACGGUGGAAAUCGUGAAAGACCUGGUGAUCAAAUCACCUGUUGACAGGAGCCACUGCGUGUGCCCCAGCAUGUGCCUGUGGGUUUGAGACCUCUCAGGUCGAACCAGAGCCCAGUGCUUAAUCUCUAGACCAGUGGUUCUCAACUGGUGGAUUGUGAUCUCAGGAUGACACACGUUUUCUGAUUGGGUUGCGUACAGCAGGUGACAAAAACGGUAGUAAACGCAAACAAUAAAAUACAGCUGACAAGAUUAUUGAUGGAUCUCAUCAAUAAUCAUUAUCUAACAAUCUCAUGGAUGGUCAGAUAAUCCACCAUCCAUCCAGAAUUAUGUUGAUGUUGCUAUGGUGAUAUUUAAUCUAUAAAUCCAUUUAAAACUAUUAUAAUUUUAUAAUUAUUAUUUAAGUUGUUUCAGGCACUUUUGUUUCGUUUUGUACUCGUUCCAACCAUUUUCAAUGUAAAAUCUGGGUCCUGAAGCAAACCCAGUUGAGAGCCACUUGUCCAGAAGUCUUAUUAGCAUUAGCAGUAGAAUAACUGGGCCAUGUUAGUUUGUCACUUCUAAGUGAUUGAUUCAUAGCCGAACAUAAUUCCAUCCAAGUAUUGUAUAAUCUGUUUCGCUAUUGCUUCUGUACUGCACCUGAAUACAAUGUAAUGUGUUCACCUGCCCUGUUGGCACUUUCAUAUUCAUCUGACAAUCUUAAAUCAUGUCAAGAAAAUGCACUUUAUGUGAAUAAAGAAAAGACUUCAA